AUGACCAUCAGAAAUGGAGGACUACAUAAUGGAGUUGCGGUUGAUAGCUCGGGCCGAGCUUCGGUCUUUUUCAGGUGUAAACUAGAGGGAGCCGCUGAUGUGACUCUAAGUAUAGAUGGGGAUCUACAUUUCUACCGCGAAUGCCAUUUUUAUGGUAAAAAGAAUUUGGUUGUGGGAUUGGCUCGUGCAUUCUUCCAGAAAUGCCAGUUUUACCUUGAGAAAUCACAUCCACAAGGAAAGAUUGUGUUCUUCAGUCAAUCUUCUCAUAUUUCAGCAUACAAAUUUGGCUUCGUAUUUCACCUUUGUGAAUUUUACGUCGUCAAUACAUCAGAAACAGAAGUAGAAACAGCUUUCAUAGGGAGUUCGUUUGGAAAUUAUACAUUUUACGUAAUUAUGGAGUCAUACUUGGAUCCAACUGUAACUGGAUACUUCCUUGGUACUCCCCCGAACGUUACCUACUAUGCCACUUUUCGCAACGUAGGAUCCGGUGCAACAAAGGCGAAUGUACCACAAUUUGUCCAUGUACUCGGAAGUGUGGAGGCUGCUUCCCAUUAUUCCUUGAGACGGUUUCUACUCGGAGAUAAUUGGAUAACCAAAGCGGUUGACUACGAUUUAGAUAUAGUGGAGUGA